GUGAUGCGUUAACGCGCGGUUGUAUUGAGACAACUGGUGAGAUCAUAGCUUUUAUACUAUUUGGUGGAAAGAGUUGGUGCCAUUUUUGAAUUUUCGCUAUUGUUUAUUCGUGACUGUUUCCCUAAUGUCCAAUCACCAUAGUCUUGGAUGAGGCUAAAGUGUGCGGCAAUCCAUAGAUUUGUAUAGCUUUAUUACGAGCUAAGGUAAAAUAAAUGCACGAAAUAUAACCUGAAGAAAUUACAGGCAAAAUAGGUGGCUGAAUAAUUGAUUAAGAGACAGAAUUAAUACCACCACGAGACAAAACUGUAUGGAGAUAAAAAAAGAUAACGAGUUUUUUUGGCUAAGUUCAGUAUGUUUUAGCAAUUACUUUGUGUAAAAUCGCCAAAUUUGUAUAUCAUCACCUUUUCCAUUUUCUCUCUCGUGACUACCUGAGUGUGUAUACUAAAUUUACAUACAAUAAGUUGAUGAUACCCUUGUUCGACUUAUCGCCUCAAUGUACUAACCCCUUCUGGAAAUGAACUAAUUUUGAGUCAACAGUCUCGUCUACAGGCAACUCCAAACUUGUCAACGUGUCAUGAUGACUAAUUUGUGGCUUCGAGAAGCGUCAACGUGUCUAGCACUAUUAAUUCAUACCGGCGCUUUAUGGAAUCUGCCAAUCGUCAGAGGCGAAACAUGCAAUUCCGACUUGAAAAUUAGACCCGUUGUCGACAUCUCUUCAAGUCCAGAAAACAACAGAUUACCCAUUGGUGCCUCAAAAACCCUGAAAUGUACAGCGAAGCCCAGAGGGAUUGACUCUGGAUACCUGGAUAGAUGGGUCGAUUAUGUCGAGUGGUACGAUCCACAGGGUAGACAAGUUGGAGCAAAUUGGCCACAGCCCUCUAACAUACAUGCUCAUAAACUUAAAUUAAGGUGCCCAUUAGUGCUUAAAAAUUUGACAGGUGACAAAUUUGGCCGCUACACUUGCCAAGCGGGCAAUGGUUACGCAAAACACUGCACAAGGAAAUCAUUUGAAAUAAGGAUCCAAAAUGAUCAAAAACCUCAGAUUGUUCAAGAUCCAAAGAGCCAAAGUGCCUCGAUCGGUUCCAAUGCUACAUUUAGCUGCACUGCAAGGGGCUUCCCGAGGCCAACAAUCCAUUGGAAAAAGGACAAUGCUUCAUAUCCUUUACAGUCUAACCCCAGAGCGAGUGUUAUUCAAGACAGGCCAAGGAAUCACAGCCAGCUGUUCAUAUCGAGAGUGGAAAUGGGAGACUAUGGAAAAUAUCAAUGCAUUGCAAAUAACAGGAUUGGAAGAAGUCAAUCAGGUGUGGCUAUCUUAAACAAAGAUGUCCAAAAACUUGAGAUUGUUGAUGGCCCAAAGAACCAAAGUGUCUCGAUUGGUUCCAAUGCUACAUUUAGCUGCACUGUAAAGGGAUUCCCGAGGCCAACUAUUCAUUGGAUAAAGGACAAUGCUUCAUAUCCUUUAGAGUCGAGCCCCAGAACAAGUGUCAUUCAGAACAGCAACGAAAUUCGCAGCCUGCUCUUAUUAACAGGAGUACAGAAGGAAGAUUAUGGAAAAUAUCAAUGCAUUGCAAAUAACAGCAUUGGAAGAAGCCAAUCAGGUGUGGCUUUCCUAAACAAAGAUGUCCAAAAACCUGAGAUUAUUGAAAGUCCAAAGAACCAAAGUGCCUCGAUCGGUUCCAAUGCUACUUUUAGUUGCACUGCUAAGGGCUUCCCGAGGCCGACAAUCCAUUGGAUAAAAGACAAUGUUUCAUAUCCUUUGGAGUCUAAUCCCAGAGCAAGUGUUACUCUACACGGGCCAACGAAUCGUAGUCAGCUGUUCAUAACGAGAGUAGAGAUGGAAGAUUAUGGCAAUUAUCAGUGUAUUGCAAACAACAGCGUUGGAAGAAGCCACUCAGGAGGAGCUGUAUUAAGCAAAGCAACUACUACCCCCACACCUGUCACGGAAAGACAGCUGGAAGAUUCAGCAUCCCGGACUACUAUAAUCGCUGUUUCAUGCGCUUUGAUAGCUGCACUUAUUUGUGUAGUCAUUGGGUUUUUGUGGAAUCGGUGUAGAAAUCGUGAUAACAUACAUGCUCAAUACACCCAAACCGUUGCGAUUCGUAUACGGUCGUUGACGAAUCGUCAAACCGAAAGUCGAAUCUUGCGUGAACAUACCGGGUAUUGAGGGGUGUGAGCAAUGAGUGAAAAUGAUUAGCAUGGUACGAGUAAAUGAAAACAUAAACUUCCCUCUUUCUUAAAGCGUGAAACGGCCGGAAGUCCGUUUUCAUAAUGUUAUAUUAGGUAUGGGUCGCACUUGGGCAAAGUCAACUUUGCCGGCAAAAAAAACACAGAAAAUUUGAAACGCAACCGGAAGGCAAACUUGGUUUCAACUAUCAGGGUCGCACUAGGUGAAAAAAAUGUCAGUGAUGACACUCUGAUAAAUUAGACAUACGUUUAUCGACGUGUUAUGGGUAGAGAUCAGUGAGCUGUAAAAGGAAAACAAACGUUA